CAGAUUGAUUCCUCGUCCCAAACAACCUCUUUCCAUUCUCGCGCUCUUGCUCUUGCUCAAGACAUUCUUUUCUCCUUUUCAAGAAAUUGCAGUCGCCGUCGAUUUCUCUUUCUCGGUCUCGAUUAACGUAUUUCAGUUCAAUCAGGCUGAGUUGCAGUCGCAUGAGCAUCAAGGAGAGAUGAACAAGAAAAAGAACCCAUUUGUUUUCCUAGAUGUAUCAAUGGAUGGCGAUCCUGUGGAAAGAAUUACGAUUGAGCUGUUUGCUGAUGUUGUUCCUAGGACAGCUGAGAAUUUUCGGGCACUCUGUACAGGUGAGAAGGGCAAUGGAGUUUCAACGGGGAAACCUUUGCACUACAAAGGAUCUAAAUUCCAUCGCAUAAUCAAAGGAUUCAUGGCCCAAGGUGGUGAUUUCCAAAAUGGAAAUGGCACUGGAGGAGAAAGCAUAUAUGGAGGAAAGUUUGCAGAUGAGAACUUUCAACUGGAACAUAGUGGCCCUGGUCUCCUCUCAAUGGCAAAUUGUGGUCGGAACACAAAUGGAUCACAAUUCUUCAUAAUUUUCAAGCAUCAACCCCAUCUUGAUGGAAAGCAUGUUGUCUUUGGGAAGGUUGUGAAGGGAAUGGAUGUUGUUAGGAAGAUUGAACAGGUGGGAACAGCUCAUGGGAAACCUUCGGGGACUGUAAAAAUUGUUGAUUGUGGUGAAGUAUAUGAAAGCAAAAUUCGUGAUGCAAAUGAAGCAGGGAAAGGGAAAAAGAAGAAAUCUGGUAAAGCUGGUUCCUCAGAGGAUCGCUCUAAUGGGAAAAGGAAAGAGAGGCACAGAACAUCUCCAAAAGACAGAAGAAAAAAGAGAAAAAGAAGAUACUCUUCAUCUGAUUCAUAUAGCUCUGAUACUGAUUCUGAUUCAUAUUCCUCAGGGACUGAUUCUGAUUCUAGGUCAGAUUCAGAUACCAAUUCCAGGUCAGAUUCAGAUUCUGAAUCUGACUCCUAUUCAUCAAGCUCUUCCAGUGAUGGAAGGCUACGGAAAAAGAGGCCAACUAGGAGACAGAGAUUCCAACAUCAGAAAAAAAGGAGGGAUGGACGCAGGGAGAAGACAAGAGGUCGGCAAUAUAAAAGAUCGAGGGCCAAAUCUAAACGGAGCCCUGAGAGUUCAAGUGACACAGAGAGUACAAGUUCAAGCAGUGGCACUGCUAGCUCUGAUGACGAAAAGGCCAGACGCCCCAUUUCUGCUCGUAAAACCAAUUACCUGUCAAAUUCUCAAAAUAAGCAAUCACCGAAUCUUGAUGUCACGAAGAAAUCCCCCACCAUUCAAAUAGGAAAACAAACUCUCCUUGAGCAGAAGAAGGGUCGUGAACAGAAGAUGGAGGACAACUCAUCUCAUGAAGAGGGAGAAUUUUCUCAGAAGGGUGAUGAAGCCUUGAAAAAUAGUCAUGGCAUGGAAAUGAAAUCCAAUAAAACUGUCAAUAAGCAUAAUUAUUCUGACGACCUGAAAAAAACCAGAAGCGCAACCCCAAGCCCCACAGGAAGGCUGAGAUCCCGCCGUGGCAGCAGUCCAAGCAUGAGCCCUGAAAGGAGUGGGAGUAGCCCCAGGUUCCAAAAUGAUAGUGGAAAUCCUGCUAGACAGUCUGAGGAGCAAAACAGGGAUGGUUCCCUGAUGAGUCCUAGAGGCAGUCCUACAAGCAAGGUCCUGGAACCAUCUGCUUCCAAUCAUGGUCGAGCUCUGUCAAGAAGCCGUUCUCCAAAUGGCACCCCAAAACGCAUUAGAAAAGGUCGUGGGUUUACUGAACGAUAUUCCUUUGCACGACGGUACCGAACCCCAUCUCCGGAGCGUGCACCUCGUCGGCCUUACAAAUAUGGUGGGCGAAAUGUUCAUGACAGGGUUCAUGAUAGGUAUUCAAGCUAUAGAAAAUUCCCCGAUCGCUCACCACAACGGCGUUAUAAAAGCCCACCAAGAGGCAGGAGCCCUGCCAGAUACCACAGCAGGAGAAGUAGGAGCAACUCCCGCAGCCCAGGUCUUCCCCAUAAUCAUCACAGAAGAAACCCUGUGCGCAGUCGCAGCCCUGUAGAUAGGCAACCUGCAAUGAGUGAUAGGUUGAGAUCUCGUCUUGGGCCUCGGAUGGAUGAUGAGCGCCCUUCAAAGAGAAGAGGAACAGGUUCAAGGUCCAGGAGCCGAGACUCAACUAGCUCUAGGCCACCCAGUCCUCUUAGAAAGGCACCCCCCAAAAAGGUGGCAACUGCAUCCUCCAGCAGGUCUACAUCGAGCUCCCCAGGUGGACAACGGGGUUUGGUUUCUUACGGCGAUAUCACUCCUGAAAACGGUACAAACUAGUUUCAAUCAUGAAGAGAGGCCGCAUGAUUUGGUCCUAGUUUGCUCGUACAAGGUGAGCGAGGAGGCAAGCCUACGAAUUUGCCUACCCAGUUUGAUAUUCCUUUAUGUACAAUUCAGUGGCCUGCAGAACUACCUUUAUUAGGAAGUUUCGUUUGUUGAGCUCGCUUGCAUGCUAGAGUUAGCUGAUAAAUUAAACUCUGAUUUGGCAAUUGGCAUGGCAAUGGAGGGAGGGGCUUGUUCUUGUUGGAUAUGCCAUUUUACUGCAUUUUGGGAGUGUGAUUUUGGUCAUUACUUGAUUGACAUAUUUGAGGAUUUUGUGAAUUUUGCUAUUUGUACUUCAUAUAAUUCAAUGGUUUUUGGCCUUCUGAUAAUUAA